AUGUCUGAAUCGACCUGGGAAAAAACAAAACGAUUCUCUAAAAAGGGCUUCGAUAAAACAUGGGCUACAGUCGACAAGCUCGGCGCACCCGUCAAUCGCCUCUCCAAUAAACUCGGCGCAGAAGCCUUUUGGCCCAUGACCAUCGAUAAGGAAAGCGACAAGGCUGCGCGCAUCUUGCGCAGUUUCUGCAAGGAUGGUUUCUAUGCGCCCGAGACUGGAGAUGGACUCGACGACAGUGGAAAGAUCAAUCGCCCCAAAGGCAAGCAAAAGGUUAUAAAAAAGAUUCCCUCGCAGGUCAUCAAGAACGCCAAGGGUAUUGCCAUCUUCACCACCAUGCGAACCGGCCUUUGGGUGAGUGGUUCGGGUGGCAGUGGUGUUUUGCUGGCUAAGAUCGCCGAGACGGGCGAAUGGAGCCCUCCAUCCGGUAUCAUGCUGCACACCGCUGGCAUUGGCUUCUUGGCCGGUGUCGAUAUCUACGACUGCGUCGUCAUUAUAAACACAUACGAAGCCCUCGAUGCCUUCAAGAAGCUGCGCUGCACCCUCGGUGGCGAAGUCAGCGUGGCGGUCGGUCCCGUCGGAAUGGGCGGCGUGCUCGACUCCGAGGUACACAAGCGUCAGGCCCCGAUCUGGACCUACAUGAAGAGCAAAGGUCUUUACGCAGGCGUAGCCGUCGAUGGUACAAUCAUUAUCGAGCGAACCGACGAGAACGAACGCUUCUACGGCGAGCGCAUCUCCGUCACCGACAUCCUCGCCGGCAAGGCCCGCUACCCGCCCGAGUCCAUCAACACCCUCAUCCAAACCCUCAAAGCUGCCCAAGGAGACCGCGACGUAGAUGAAAGCCUGGUCCUGCCUCCCGGUGAGACGCCCGGCGAUAUCGAGCUCAACGACGGCCAUGCCUUUGGCGUCCCGUCGGCUGAGGAUCCGGACCCCUACGGAGUGAAAGCGUUGGAGGCUGAGGGCUUGUUUAUUCGGGAGGCCAGCACUAAGGUGAGGCCAAGCCCCGACACCUUUGAGUUCCGGCCCAAUCCGGGUAGUCCGGUCUAUGCGACUUUCGCUCGGCGCAGCCUUGAUAGCUCGCCGCGGAAUAGCUGGCGCGCGAGUAUGCAGAGCUAUUCUAGCGUCAACCGCGGGACUCAAACGGAUAAUAGCACGCAGACGGAUAUCCUUCCGCUAACCACACCCCCAUCAGUAAGCCGAGCGUCUUCGCGGAGUGCGAGGGAUUCGACGGGUGUUUCGGCUUCGAGCCUGUGGGGCGAGUCGAGAUGGGAUGCUGUGCCGAUUAAUUGUGAAAAGGAGGGGAAGGUUGAGGAGGAAGAUAACCAUCUGCUGGAUGCAAAGAGACUCAUUGCACAAGCUGAGAAUGAUUAUCAUGAGAGUGAGAAUGAGACUAGUAAGAUUGACCAUGACCAUGACCAUGAUCAUGUAAAGGAAGAUGAGGAUGAGGACGAGGAGGACCAGCCGAUUGACGACGACGAGGACUUCGAGGUCCACGAAGUCAGCAAUGCGACCAUCACCAAGCAGGAGCGAGCCGUCGAGUCGCCCGUUGAAGAACGUCCCGCUACAGCAGACUCUUCCUCGCGCAGUUCGCCCAACUUCACUCGCGCUCGUCUCGUCACCAUCCCCAAACGACCAACCCCACCCGCCCUUCCUCCCCGCCACCCACGACACACAUGGGGCUCCGGUUCCAGCCGCGAAUCCACCUCACCCACCGCCCUCUCGCAUUCAAGUCGCAGCACCGAGCCCACCGAAGCUGCCGGUGACUCCUGUGACCUGACCGAGCCGGUCAGCGGCGCCGCAAGCCUGCCUUCAAACGUGAGCACGCUCCAGACGAACACCGUUCUCCCGCUCGUGAUCGACGAAGACGACUUCGACGAGGAGGACCUCGCCGAGUCCGACUCCGAGCUGCCCACCGAGAAGGAGGAAUUCCACUCUGUGAACGGGGAUGCCGAGGACGAGGAUGCCGAGCCCGCCGAGGAAAAAUUGACCAAGGAUGUCGAGCCUAUGGAGAUUGGGACCCUUGAGAACCAGAUGGAGGCCCCGUCGCCGAAAUCGGGCAUCUCGCCUAAGUCCGAUAUCAACUCUGGAGAUCUCUCUCCCAAGUCUGAGGCUAGUUCGGGCACUGAGGUCGAACCCUCUACUCCGGAUCUUAAGCUGCAUGUCUUGGAGGAUGCUGCGGAUAAGCACACGGUUCAUGAACCCAAGGAUGAAGAGUUUGAUGUCAACAAGGUUCAUACUGAAGACCAGAGCCAUGAUGUUGUCAAUGUUCAUUCUCUGAAUGCUCAGGCCGCGUAA